GCAAAAACUGGGACCUGACAGCCGCUCUGAGUGACUAUGAGCAGCUCCGACAGGUGCACACAGCCAACCUGCCACAUGUGUUCAACGAGGGCAGGUGUCCCAAGCAGCCAGAGCGAGAGCCGCCACAGCCCGGGCACAAGGUGGAAAGACCCUGCCUGCAGAGGCAGGACGACAUUGCCCAAGAGAAGCGACUUUCUCGGGGAAUUUCCCACGCCAGCUCAGCUAUCGUCUCCCUGGCCCGGUCCCACGUGGCAAGUGAGUGCAACAAUGAGCAGUUCCCCCUGGAGAUGCCCAUCUAUACAUUCCAGUUGCCGGAUCUGAGUGUGUACAGCGAAGACUUCAGGAGUUUCAUUGAACGGGACUUGAUCGAGCAGGCGACCAUGGUGGCUUUGGAGCAGGCAGGUCGCCUGAACUGGUGGUCCACUGUGUGCACAAGCUGUAAACGGCUUCUUCCUUUGGCCACUACAGGGGAUGGGAACUGCCUUUUACACGCCGCCUCGCUGGGAAUGUGGGGGUUUCAUGACCGGGACCUUGUUUUGCGGAAAGCUCUCUACACCAUGAUGAGGACAGGGGCUGAAAGGGAAGCCCUAAAGAGAAGAUGGAGGUGGCAGCAGACGCAACAGAACAAAGAGUCAGGGCUGGUGUACACCGAGGAGGAAUGGGAGCGGGAGUGGACUGAGCUGCUGAAAUUGGCAUCCAGCGAGCCACGCACGCACUUCAGCAAGAAUGGUGGCACAGGUGGGGGUGUGGACAACUCUGAGGACCCCGUGUAUGAGAGUCUAGAGGAAUUCCAUGUGUUUGUCCUCGCCCACAUAUUAAGAAGACCAAUAGUUGUCGUAGCAGAUACAAUGUUGAGGGACUCGGGUGGAGAAGCAUUUGCUCCAAUCCCAUUUGGAGGGAUUUACCUGCCCUUGGAGGUGCCUCCCAACAGGUGCCAUUGCUCACCUCUGGUUCUUGCCUAUGAUCAGGCACAUUUCUCUGCCCUAGUGUCCAUGGAGCAGAGAGAUCAGCAAAGAGAACAAGCCGUGAUCCCCCUGACGGAUUCGGAGCACAAGCUGCUGCCUCUGCACUUUGCAGUGGACCCCGGGAAGGACUGGGAGUGGGGCAAAGACGACAACGAUAACGCCCGGCUGGCCCACCUGAUCCUGUCGCUAGAAGCCAAGCUGAACCUUCUGCACAGCUACAUGAACGUGACGUGGAUCCGGAUCCCCUCCGAGACCCGGGCUCCUCUGGCACAGCCGGAAUCCCCAACAGCCUCUGUGGGAGAGGACGUGCAGUCCCUGGCCGACUCCCUGGACUCGGAUCGGGACUCAGUGUGCAGCAAUUCCAACAGCAAUAAUGGCAAGAAUGGCAAAGACAAAGAGAAGGAGAAGCAACGCAAGGAGAAGGACAAGACCCGCGCGGACUCCGUGGCCAACAAGCUGGGCAGCUUCAGCAAGACACUGGGCAUCAAGCUGAAGAAAAACAUGGGAGGCCUGGGCGGCCUUGUGCACGGCAAGAUGGGCCGCGCUAACUCCGCCAACGGCAAGAAUGGCGACGUCCCCGAGCGUAGCAAGGACAAGAAGACCAAGUCGCGCAAGGGCAGCAAGGAGGAGUCGGGUGCGUCGGCAAGCACGUCGCCGUCGGAGAAGACCACGCCAUCGCCCACGGACAAGGCGGCCGGGGCGUCGCCGGCCGAGAAGGGCGGCGGGCAGCGGGGCGACGCGUGGAAGUACAGCACGGACGUGAAGCUGAGCCUCAACAUCCUGCGCGCCGCCAUGCAAGGCGAACGCAAGUUCAUCUUCGCCGGCCUGCUGCUCACCAGCCACCGGCACCAGUUCCACGAGGAGAUGAUAGGCUACUACCUGACCAGCGCGCAGGAGCGCUUCAGUGCCGAGCAGGAGCAGCGACGCCGCGACGCCGCCGCCGCCGCCGCCGCCGCCACGGCCAAGAGGCCGCCGCGCAGGCCGGAGACCGAGGGCGCGCCAGGCCCCGAGCGCGCCUCGCCGGGCACGCCGGCCGGGCCGCCCACGCAGCUGGUGCUCAAGCUCAAGGAGCGCCCGAGUCCCGGGCCAGCGACGGGCACGCGGGCAGCGCGAGCGGCGGCUGGCGGCGCGGCCUCCCCGGGGCCCGGCGGCGGCGGCGGCGCGCGGCGCGCGGGCGCCAGCGGACCGCUUCCUGGCCGCAGCCCCCCGGCGCCGGCGCGCCAGAGCGUCAUCCACGUGCAGUCGGCGGGCGCGCGGGACGACGCGUGCGCGCCAGCCGUGGGCGCGCUGCGGCCGUGCGCCACGUACCCGCAGCAGAACCGCUCGCUGUCGUCGCAGAGCUAUAGUCCGGCGCGCGCCGCCGCCUUGCGCACCGUCAACACGGUCGAGUCGCUGGCGCGCGCCGUGCCCGGCGCCCUGCCCGGCGCGGCAGGGGCGGCCGGCACCGCCGAGCACAAGUCGCAGACCUACACCAACGGCUUCGGCGCCGCGCGCGACGGUCUGGAGUUCGCCGACGCCGACGCGCCGGCCGCCCGCUCGAACGGUGAGUGCGGCCGCGGCGGCCCGGGGCUGGCGCAGCGGCGCUGCCAGCGCGAGAACUGCGCGUUCUACGGGCGCGCCGAGACCGAGCACUACUGCUCCUACUGCUACCGCGAGGAGCUGCGGCGGCGGCGCGAGGCGCGCGGGGCCCGGCCCUGAGUGCGGCGCGCGCACCGCCAGCUUUUACCAUAAAGGAUUUCUUUUCCAUUCUGUCGGUGUCUUUUUUACAUGCCCUGGUCAACCGGAAGGCCGGCGACUCCUCUGUCAGUGCUGUGUACGUGUUUGGUCAAACGUUCCUAAUGGUGCCUGAACCUACACUGACGCCACUCAGGUAGUAGACGGAUAGGAAACAAGUCAUACUGUUGGAAGUGGGUGUGCUAGCUAGCAUCUGCCUCGUACCUGUGGAAACUCAAUAGCCAUUGCAAGAGUAUUUUUGUUCCUCAAUAAGAGAAAUAAAGAAAUUUGCAGCCCUUU